AUGUCCUUUACCAAAUACCAAAGUGCAGAAACUGAGUGUCGAGACGGAGCCACUGCUAAAUGUUCCUGUUCUCCUGUCCAGCGGGUGUACUACCUCUCCCUGGAGUUCUACAUGGGCAGGACCCUCCAGAACACCAUGAUUAACCUGGGGCUGCAGAACGCCUGUGACGAGGCCAUCUACCAGCUGGGUUUGGACAUGGAGGAUCUGGAGGAGAUGGAGGAGGAUGCAGGGCUGGGGAACGGAGGCCUGGGCAGACUGGCAGCUUGUUUCCUGGACUCGAUGGCCACCCUGGGUCUGGCAGCGUACGGUUACGGCAUCCGUUAUGAAUAUGGAAUCUUCAAUCAGAAGAUCAAGGAAGGUUGGCAGGUGGAAGAGGCAGAUGAUUGGUUGCGUCAUGGUAACCCCUGGGAGAAGGCCCGCCCUGAGUACAUGCUACCUGUGCACUUCUACGGCAGAGUGGAGGAGUCUCAGGAAGGGGCCAGAUGGGUGGAUACACAGGUGGUCCUGGCCAUGCCCUAUGACACACCCAUCCCUGGAUAUAUGAACAACACAGUCAACACCAUGAGGCUGUGGUCAGCCAGAGCUCCCAACGAUUUCAACCUGAAGGACUUCAAUGUUGGAGAUUACAUCCAAGCUGUUCUGGACAGGAAUCUGGCGGAGAAUAUUUCUCGUGUCCUCUACCCCAACGAUAACUUCUUUGAGGGAAAGGAGCUACGACUGAAGCAGGAGUACUUUGUGGUGGCGGCCACACUUCAGGACAUCAUCCGACGCUUCAAGAUAUCCAAGAAGGGCUCCACGGGUCCAGUGUCUUUCGACAGCUUCCCAGAGAAGGUGGCCAUCCAGCUGAAUGACACUCAUCCUGCGAUGGCCAUCCCGGAGCUCAUGAGGGUCUUUGUGGACGUUGAGAAACUCGACUGGGACACGGCGUGGGCCAUCACCAAGCGGACCUUUGCGUACACCAAUCACACGGUGCUUCCCGAGGCUCUGGAGCGCUGGCCCGUUGGCCUGCUGGAGACCCUGCUACCCAGACACCUUCAGAUCAUCUACAGGAUCAACCAGGGACACCUGGACGGGAUUAGAGCUCUCUUUCCAGGAGACCUGGAUCGGAUACGCAGGAUGUCUCUGAUCGAGGAAGACGGGGGCAAGAGGGUCAACAUGGCCCACCUGUGCAUCGUGGGAUCUCACGCUGUCAACGGAGUCGCAGAGAUACACUCCAACAUCAUCAAGAAUGACGUGUUCCGAGACUUCAGCGAAUUAGAACCGGAUAAAUUCCAGAACAAGACCAAUGGCAUCACUCCUAGGCGCUGGCUCCUCCUCUGUAACCCGGGAUUGGCUGAGCUAAUCGCUGAGGCCAUUGGGGAGGAAUAUGUGAAAGACCUCAGUCAGUUACAGAAGCUCAAUGAGUUGGUCAAUGAUGAUGCCUUCAUCAGAGACGUCUCUAAUGUCAAGCAGGACAACAAGGUGAAGUUUUCCCAGUACCUGGAGAAAGAGUACAAGGUGAACAUCAACCUGUCCUCCAUGUUCGACGUCCACGUCAAGAGGAUUCACGAGUACAAGCGGCAGCUCCUCAACUGCCUUCACAUUAUCACCAUGUACAACCGCAUCAAGAAGAACCCAAAAGCACCUUUUGUUCCCCGGACUGUGAUCAUUGGUGGCAAGGCUGCCCCAGGGUAUCACAUGGCCAAGAAGAUCAUCAAGCUGAUCACGGCCGUCGGACAUGUGGUCAACAAAGACCCAGUGGUGGGAAGCAAACUGAAGGUCAUCUACCUGGAGAACUACAGAGUCUCCCUGGCUGAGAAAGUAAUCCCAGCCACGGACCUGUCUGAGCAGAUCUCCACAGCUGGCACGGAGGCGUCCGGCACUGGCAACAUGAAGUUCAUGCUGAACGGAGCACUCACCAUCGGCACCAUGGACGGAGCCAACGUAGAGAUGGCCGAGGAGGCUGGAGAGGAGAACAUGUUCAUCUUCGGCAUGAGGGUGGAGGACGUGGCAGAGAUGGACGUACAGGGCUACGAUGCCGUGACGUAUUACAACAACAUCCCAGAACUGAAGCAGGCCGUUGACCAGAUUCAGGGAGGAUUCUUCAGCCCCAAACAACCAGAGCUCUUCCAGGACGUCACCAACAUGCUCUUCAACCACGACCGCUUCAAGGUGUUUGCAGACUAUGAGGGUUACAUAAAGUGCCAGGAGAAAGUCAGCCAACUAUAUCAGAAUCCUAAGGAGUGGACGCAGAUGGCGAUCAAGAAUAUCGCUGCUUCCGGAAAGUUCUCUAGCGACCGCACCAUCACUGACUACGCCACGGAGGUGUGGGGGGUGGAGCCUACGGAUCUGAAGAUCCCACCCCCCAACGAGCCCCGCAAGGCCUUGGAGGAGACCGGCAGGGUGCUGACGGAGAAGUGAGGCUGCCUGGUGUGGUGUAGGGUGACAUUGCCCCUAGACGCUGAUCUUGGGUCAGUUUUUUUCUAAUGAUUGAGGGGAAGUGGAUUCUAGAUUUGUAUCUAGGGAAAUGUCACCCAGAAGCGCCUCGUGUUCUUUUUAAAGGGACAAUCUGGGAUUCAGACAACAACAAAGCAGUCACCACGCCACUUUUGGUAAACAGCUGAGGGAUAGCCACUCCCAAAUUUAUAAACACAGCUAUGGAGGCAAGUCCAUCUGUGAGAUUGAAAUGUUUUAACCAUGUAUUGAAAUGAGUCAAAUACCAGAUUGCCCCUUUAGCUCAAUAAACUGAGUUUUGUUUGUAAAACACCUUAACUGAUGCAAAAUAACAGUCUGCUACAUACCCUCAGAAUCCACAAACAACAGUCUGCUACAUACCUUCAGAAUAAACAAACAGUCUGCUACAUACCUUCAGAAUCCACAAACAACAGUCUGCUACAUACCUUCAGAAUCCACAAACAGUCUGCUACAUACCUUCAGAAUAAACAAACAGUCUGCUACAUA